GAGAGAGAGAAAAGCUAAAGUACAAGUGAAAUAGGAAGCAAUAGAAAGAUGAGAAUCUAGAGUUAACAACACCCCACCCCAUAUAGAAUAUAAACCGAGAGGUAAAAGCGGAGAAAGAGAGGCAAGAAAUUAAAGGUUAAACGAGUGUUGGGAAAGGAACGUGAUCGUCAAAUAGAAAUAUAUUAAGAGAAAGAGGAAAGGGAGGAAAUAUUCUCAUCACAAUCAACAUCGUAGAUAAUAACAAUAGUGUCAUUCAUUCACUAUUACUACUAUCAUUUCUUCUUCUAUUUCACAUACUACUACUACUACUACUCCCACUACUACUACUACUAUUACUACUACUACGUCUGCUACUCCUACCCCCAUCACCACUACUAUAGGUUGAUGUUAAACUGUUGACGUGAAGGUUCUACAAGAAUGCUUGAUCUUUGAUUUCAACUACUUAUAAAAGUACAUCAAACAGCACACCAUGGGGACAUUGUUCCGCAGUGAAGAAAUGACAUUAUGUCAAUUAUUUUUGCAGUCUGAAGCAGCAUAUGCUUGUGUGUCAGAACUUGGAGAGUUAGGAUUAGUGCAAUUCAGAGAUCUAAACCCUGAUGUGAAUGCCUUCCAGCGCAAAUUUGUAAAUGAAGUUCGCAGAUGUGAAGAGAUGGAAAGGAAACUUCGUUUUCUCGAGAAAGAGAUAAAAAAAGAUGCAAUUCCCAUGCUUGAUACAGGGGACAAUCCUGAUGCACCAGUCCCCAGAGAGAUGAUUGAUUUAGAGGUAAGUUUGGCAUUAAAAAAACAAAUAUUACUUUUAAGAGUUACUGUCAUAUGUAACACUUAAUGAUUGUCUGAAACA